GUCGAGGAAGGGGCUGGCAGCACAUAAUGUAUGUCGCCCGGGAUGCAUGGCGUUAAAGGAGCAGUUUUCAUUUGACACCAUGGCAACGAUCAAGACGCCCACCGACGCAGACGUCGCAGCCGUGCGCCGCGUGGUGCGGGACGUCCCUAUGUGGAAGAACCAACUGGCCAGCGGCGACGACGUCAUCGUGACCUGUCUUCCCGUCCUGACGGCCAACAAGAUUCUCGUUGCCGACUUUCGAGGGAAAAAGGUCCUCGUCAAGUUUCCGAUGGAGAACGUCUUCAGCAUGGUCUUCGAUCUCCACGAGCAAAAGAUCGUGAACGACAUGGUGAGCUUGUACCGCGGCGAUCUCGAGCGGAACCCCAAGGUGCUCUACGUCAACGACGUGUGCCGCGUCGACGAGUUCGUCGAGUGCCGCACACUGACGUCCGCAGACUACUUGGACGAGACCACGAUGAAGCACUUGGCCAUCGAGCUCGCCACCCUCCACUGCGACGUGCGACUCAAGGACCGGUACAUCGCGCUCAAGGACGGCGACGUGUACACGAUCGCGGAUCGGCUCCGCGGCAUGCACGAAACCGUCAAGGUGAACUUUCCCAUCCGAAGGACGCGCAUGGCAACCCAAGUGCCCGAGGUCCAUCAAGCACUUGCAACGACUGUGCAUGCGGCCAUGGAGGUGCUGGCCGACACAGCAUUCUUCAUGCACGUGCUCAACAAGUGCUUCCCCGCCUCGUCCGAGCUCGUGUUGUCGCACAACGACCUUCGAAGCGCCAACGUACUCUACUUUAGUCCAACCCACGUCCAGAUCAUUGACUUUGACGGAGCAAAUUUGUGCUACCGAGGCGCGGACAUCGGAUACAUGGCCAACAACCGAGACAUGCAACGAGUGCCGUGGUCGCAGGACGAUCUCGACCACUUUGUCCAGAGCUACAUCGACGCUUGCGCCGCCAAGGGAGUGAUCGUAGCCAAGGAUGACUUGAUGGCGCAGGUCGAGCGAGGCAAAGUCCUCUCCGUGCUCUUCUUCAUGACCAUGUUCGGGGCCUGCGACAACUGGGAUAUCUUUCACCAGAUUGGAUUCAACUUCAUGGCGACUUUCCCAUCGCUCAUGCAAAAGAUCGUUGCGUUCGCCGCGUAAGGGAGCGCAGUGGCGUUUCGCGAGGUAGCGAAUUUCAUAGCAAAUUGGACCGAGUUACUCUUCGCCUUGGGUGUAUGCCGCUACAAUCACUUCAGCUCUCUGGCGCGGCACCUGUCGAUCUCCAAGUACUGGUUGGGUGGUAUUUCAACUGCCACGGGGGUUGAUGGGAGUAUGCCGCAAUUGAAGGCACAAGAAGCCCAUCGAGUCGAUGCACAUCCGAAAGCAUCGCCUCAAGAACGAUGGCAUCCAAGCUCAUCCAUCGCAUCGGGGCAAAAGGUGCUAGUAAGAGCUGGCUUUGUCUGGGGAAGGGAUCGACAUUGGGUGCUGAAAGGGUGGCGGUGCAUGACCACGUGUUGUUCGCUGCACACAGAUGACCUUCAGCGGAAGAGCUCGUGAUCGACCACGCCCUUUGACGUGCAUUGCGCGGAUAUCCUUUCGUCGUGUAGACGUACCGCCUAAAGCUUGUGACCUGACGACUCCCGCCAGAACGAAGCCAUUAUGUUAGACGUCUUCGGGACACAAGCGCCAGGUCGUACGAGCCGCACAUGCACCUGGGCGAUAUCAGCAUGACGACGGUGGAAGCGCAAAGCCAUCGUUGAAUCCGUUCUUCGGCAACGUCACACUCGAGGCAUCGUCUCUCCUGUGCUUGAGGGCAGCGACGCGUCCGUCGUAUGUAUGUGGCGGCUCCCCGUUCACGGUCGCGCAGCGAGGAUCAACAUGACAAUGGCAUGUUGAUUACACCGUCUCGGCUACUUCUUCUUCUUCACAAUGUCGUCCAACGACAUCGAGAGCUUUGCCGUCGUCGGUAAAGGUGCGCUCCCUUCAUUAUCGUCGGACGCGUGGUGAAGUUUCUUGCCCGCGCGCUUGACAAACUUGGGUUGCUUGUUCACCAUGUGGCGCUUCUUGAACAGUUUAGGCUUGACUUCACGUGUGUAUCUCGCUCCAUGUCCUGCGGCAACGCGCCCUUUCCCAGUCUUUGAUGGAGAAUGGUGAUGCUUCGUCAACUUGGCACGCGACGAUUGCUGAGCGGUGGGAGUCGUGACGACACCUCCGGCGGCGCGGUCUUCCGCAGCUUUCUUGCGUUCAAGAAAUUUUUGGAGCGCCUCUUCCUUGUUGGACGUAAUGCUACCCCCCGGCCACGCUAUCCUUUUCGCAGCGACAGCCGCGGCGUCCUGCAACUGGCUCGACUUGACGUGGGCAAGCGAGAUCAUCUCGUUCGGACCACUUCCAG